GCGACUGCUACGGCGGGUACGCCAAGAUGGCGACCAUCAUCGACCAGGAGCGCGCCAAGGACCUGCCAGUGAUAGUCGUCAACGCGGGAGACGAGUUCACGGGCACGCUCUGGAGUCUGACCUACGCCGGCAAGGAGUCGUCCACCUUCCUAAACCUGCUCGGCUUUGACGUCAUGACGUUCGGCGACCACGAGUUUGACAAGGGCCCCCAGGUUCUGGCCGACUACAUCUCGCAGCUCAACUUCCCAAUCGUCGGAACCAACACCGUGCCCAACCCCUCGUCGCCCAUCUUCAACAAAUUCUCCAAGUCCGCCAUCAUCAGCGUGAAGAACAAGAUGGGCCAGGAGGUCGCCAAGGUGGGCAUCUGCGGCUGGGUCACCCCCGACACCAAGUUCACGUCAUCCCCCGGCCCCGACAUCAACUUCGCUGACGUCAUCCCCUCCGUCACCGCCUGCGUCGCCGGCCUGAACAACCAGGGGGUCAAGAUCGUGAUCGGUCUCGGCCACGGCGGGAUCAACGACGAUCUUGUGGUGGCUAAGUCGGUUCCAGGCUUGAGCCUGAUUGUCGGCGGCCACUCUCACACCUUCCUGUACUCGGGCAGGCCCCCCAAGCUGAGCGUGGCCGGAAACACCACCGACACGCCGCUGUUCCCCUACCCCAUCAACGUGCAGAACGACUUCGGGACGACCGUGCCCUACGUUCAGGCAUUCUGGGCAGGCAGGUACAUGGGCCGCUUCACGGUCACGUUCGACGCCGUGGGUCGCUUCAAGAACUUCGCCACGACGCAGCCGAUCCUGCUGGGCGGGAGCGUCAGCGAGAGCAACGUUCCGGAGAAGCCGUCCGUUGCUGACCUCGUCCAGGCCCUUUCCGGACCCGUGGACGCUCUCAACGGGCAGAUUAUCGGCUCGUCGACUGUGGUCCUCAACGGCCGCCCGUACCUCCAGGACCCCGUCACUGGGCCCGGCUCCGCGGAGAUCAAUCUCGGCGACCUGCUGACUGACGCCAUGGUCUGGAAGGUCGCCCAAAACCCCUCCUUCGAGCAGCAAUUUGGCCCGAACGUGAUCGCAGCCACCAACACCGGAGGAAUUCGCGUGAACGUGCCGGCCGGCCAGCUUACCCGUGCCCAGAUCCUGUCGGUGCUGCCCUUCGGCAACGUGUUGACCAUCAUCCAGAUGAACGGUGCGACGCUCCGCUCCGCAAUCGAGUUCUCCGUCGGCCUUUUCACACCGACCUACGUGGGCAACCAGUUCCUCCAGGUUUCCGGCAUCAAGUUCUCAUUCGACCCGAGCAAGCCCGCCGGGUCCCGCCUCCUGGAGCUGGUCGCCUUCAACCCGAUCGCCAAGUGCUUCACGCCAGUGGAUGCCGCGGCGACCUACAACGUGAUUUCCAACGAUUUCACGGCCAAUGGCGGAGACGGCUACUCCAUGUUCGCCACCUCCAAGAAGCUGCUCGCCACGGGGCCCGUGCUCGCGGACGUGCUCGCGGAGUACGUGCAGAACUUCUCGCCCAUCAACAUCACGGAUAAGCUCUCGCUCUUGGACAUCACGACGAGCAAUCGCAUCAACGUCAUUACGGCCAACAACCCCUUCGUCUCUCAAAAGACGUGCGCGCGCAAAAUGAGGCGCUCCCUGUUCGAGGCCCUCUAG